CGCGACGGUUUGCAAUGAAAACUUGGGGUUUGAGGAGACAAAACCAAAACAUCCGCUGCUGCCAGUGUAGGACUUCAGACACUGUUCUGUAAAUUAAGGUUGUCAGCAUCCAGCCAUGGAUCUGAGUAGAAUUCUGAUGCAUAUUGAAAACGGGAACGAUGAGGAAAUUGAAAAGCGAUUGCAGGAAUACAACGCAGAGAACUCUAAGACUUUUGCCUUUGACUGCAAACAAGAGGAGGCUCGAAUAAAGCUGUGUCAGGGCAUCCUCACAGUGCUCAGGCAGCCUGUGCGGCCCCAGUGUCAGAGCACCUGUCUGGAGACCAUGCGCAUCCUGUCUCGUGAUAAGCGUGUCCUUGGGCCUGUUGCCACCCACGACGGCAUUGUCACUCUUGCGCGGCUGGCAUGCGUCCCACUGCCUGAUGUCGAUGUGGAACCUCUGGAGAAAUCGCUCUCAGCGGCUGAGGAGCGGGUAGUGGUGGAGGCACUCAAGUGCAUGUGUAACGUGGUGUUUAACAGCGUGGCAGCGCAGCAGGUGGGUGCAGACGUGCAGUUGGCACAGGGUUUGUGUGCCCGUCUGCGCAAGCUGACCGUCUCUAAACAUGACGUGGAGCUCUUCUCUCUCCGUUUGCUCUUUCUGCUUUCUGCCCUGAGGCCAGACGUCCGGAGAGCUCUGCACGAGGAAUCAGACGCGGUGGAGCUGCUCAUUGGUGUACUCGAGCGCACCUUGGAAGUGUGCUGGGCGGGGCAAUACGAGGUCACAUGUCCUGACUCUCAGGCCCCACCCCUUUCUUUAGAGAGGAGUGAGCGGACAAUGGAGACACUCAAAGUUCUGUUCAACUUAACUAUGGCUAACUCCAGUGAUGAGCACAAUGAUCACCAUCUGAGACGUAUCACAGCCAUAAUGAGGCAUGUUCUGAUGCUGAGGGCUCAAACCGAGGAGAAAACCGAAGACGUGCACAGUAAUGCCAUAAAUCUUCUGAGCAACCUUCCCGUAUCCUGCUUAGAUGUCCUGAUCGAUGUGCCUGUACAGGGAGGACUUGAGAAAUAUGGUGGAAAGAACAUGGAUGUUUUGCAAGUGCUUCUCGACUUCAUGGAGAAAAGAAUAAACAAGGGCUCAAACUACAAAGAAGGCCUGACUCCAGUGCUCAGCCUGAUGACUGAAAGUUCCAGAUACCACCGGGAGAUUCGCAGAUACCUCAAAGCUAAGGUUUUACCACCUCUGAAAGAUGUAAAAGUGAGACCAGAAGUGGGCAGCACAGUGCGUAACAAACUGGUGCGCCUCAUGACCCACAUAGACAUGGGAGUGAAACAGGGAGCCGCGGAGUUUCUUUUCGUCCUCUGCAAAGAAAAUGUGGACAACCUUUUAAAGUACACCGGCUAUGGCAAUGCUGCAGGGCUGCUGGUGGCUCGGGGGCUGCUGGCAGGGGGCAGAGGAGACACUGAGUACUCUCCUGAUGAGGAUUCAGACACGGAGGAGUAUAAAUCAGCAAAACCAUUCAUUAACCCAAUCACAGGCCACAUAGAGGAGCCAAUGCCAAACCCAAUUGAUGACAUGACCGAGGAACAGAAGGAGUAUGAAGCUCAGAAACUUGCAAACAUGAUUGGCGAGUUGUCAAGGCAGCAACUGAUUCGGCCAAUGGGAGUGAGGAAGGAUGGCACACUAGCUCCCCUAGAGGAGACGCUACGCACAUGCAGAGUUCCAGAGUGCAGUGACUCGGACUCGGAUUAAGACAUGCCGAGUCUACUCACUCACUCACUCACUGAACCUCCAUGUAAAGAGAAAUAAUCUAAAACUAGUUUGUGUGCUGUUUGUGUUAGAAAGUUUUGUUUUGUGACAGUUGGCUUGUUGAGAUGUUUUACAUCGAUGCAAACGAAUGAUCUAGAGCGGAGUCACAGCGUAGAAUCUAACGGGCACAGACUACUUUGAGUCCAGCACAAACAUGACAGUUAUUUGUUGAGAUUUUGUUUCUUUUGUUUUGAUUUUCUUCUCAGGUUUAAUGCUCUGUGACAUCACCCUCGAUCAUAAAUUCACCAUUUCACCAUUUCACCAUUUCAUCUCAGAAACCCAACCGAGAAUUUGUGCUGCCCAAAGGAACACAUUUUAUUACGUCCUCCGGGUUCUUUACCGCUGUUCCAUAUGAUGGAAUCCGUACGUCUCAGAGCGAACUGGGAACUGUUUCCACUGUCCUAUUCAGAACCUUGCUGUAAUCCAAUGUUUUUCUUUUUUCUGUUAGAUCAGUUGGAAAUGUACUUUACUUUGCUACUUUUAGUAAUCAUUCCUUACUUUAUGCGAGGUGCACUAAACUGUCACAAAUCAUUUCUGUGAAACAGGGAUGAAGAAUAUGUAGACUGUUAAUAUUAUCUUAUGUGUAAAUAGGACAGCUAGCAUGGGCUGCUCUUUACCACUCUGGUGUAUGUGUCUUUUACAGACCGCCGGUGAGCUGUAACAGAUAUCAAUCAGCAUAUUGUAGUCAAAUAUGAAAGACUAAAGGUGAACUUUGGCUAUCUCUUAUCACUAAUGUGGCUUUAAGAACACAGGUACGUACAGACCAGGGUAGUCUUUAUAAUUUAAGCAUGACUUCACUGCUUCAAUAUUACAUUUGGACAAUCUUAAGGAUAUCAAAUCAUUUUUUUGUAUAAGAGAAAGUCGUAAGAUUUAGUUGUUUUUUUUUUUUUUGAACUUUUAAACAAAUAUUUGUUCAAUAGAUAAAUAAUACUAAAGAGAAUGUAUCCUUAUAUUCAGUGUGUAAAAGAAAAAGAUUAGUGUCUAAAAAGAAAAAAAGAAAGAAAGAAAAAGAAAGUGUGUCCCACAUGAGCUGUAGUUCUGUUCAGAGGCGUUUAUUUCUGUCUCGACAGCCUUAUUUCAUGAGUGAGACACCAUGAGUCUAUUUCCUUUGUGCUUCUUAUUCGAAUCUGUAGAAAACUGUACAAAACAUUAUACACACACACACUUAGAUGGCCUUACUGUAAAAGUUCAUGUUUGUAUUAAAGUCCAUCGUUCAGCCCCUCAAACAUCAAGAAAAGUUUUAGAAAAGAUUUUCUGGUAUCUGUUUCUCUGGUAAAACAAUUUUAUUUUCAGAAUAAUUGUAGUUAUAACAAAGCCAUUUUCGUUGUAGAAGGUUCACUGAUGAUUUUUUGUGCAUACAAGUUAUAAAUUAAAGCAAAAGUGACUGCG